AUACAUUUUUCCCGGUACCAAAACUUUGCUAAAAUCCAAAACUAGUUUUCUGCAUUCUUUUCAAAGAGAAAAUCGAGUCAAGUGUGGUUCUCAUCGGUUCGUUGCAGUUGAUGGUUUUCGGGGUUUGAGGUACCGCUACGCCGGAAAAAGUACAUCGUCUCUAGUCUCUAUCCUGGGAGGAAUCAUUCCAUAAUAUUGGGUACUAGAGGGGAAUAAGAUUUCUUAAGAAGAGACAGUGAAUUCUGUCGGCUAGGACGCUUACAUAUGUUUUGCAUGAUUUUUGAGAUUUUAAAUAUUUACUUGUUUUGCAAGAAAAUAGUAUACGUGAACAAUUUUCACUACAAUUUCUUACCUAUAUAAUUCGAGAAAAUGUAUAAUUUAUUGUAUUGAUGAUGGAUGAAAGUUAUAGAGUUCCCCUGUUCUCUCCACCUAGCUCCCACUGAUCUCUAGAUAUCUUCUGAAAAAAGAGUUGGCCAGGAACGACUCGGCAUCGCCGGCGAAGAGCGUAAAAGUCAGAAACAGUUUGCUUCACCGGCAACUCUUUUUUCCCACGUACUUCCCCAAAAUCAAAGCCUCCGACGUGCGAAGGGUCUAUACGGCAUCACCAUAUGCCGAAAAACAACAACUCUCGUCAGCUAACAAGAAGCAGAGUAUCAUAUCGAUCGAGCACUAUAAAAACCCCAACAGCAACGACCAUGAAAAUAUACAAAUACUCAUAUAUCACCAUUUAGCGACCACAUAUGGUCACCACAAGAGCAUUGGUAACAGCGGUAUCUUUAGCGACGGCAAUGAUCAUCUUCGCUCCGCGACCUUCCGUCCAGGAAAUAGUUUACGUCGCCAAUAACGUAACCGACGGCAAGGCAGUGAUUGUGCAUUGUCAAUCCGGAGACGACGAUUUAGGCGGCUUCGCGGUGGCCGUCGGGUAUCGCAUCCAUUGGCAAUUCUCGCCGAAUUUAUUCGGAGGGACGCUUUUCUGGUGCAAACUUGCAUUCGAAGAUCGGCGCGCUUCUUUCGUGGCAUACGACCAAAGGACUUCUCCAGAAACCGUAAAAUGGACUGUCAAUGACGACGGGGUUUACGGGAAGCUACACGGCGGAACGCCGUAUUUACAUGCUGCAUGGGUGCGAGUUUUCGCCAAUUAGUCCUUCAACCGUAUACUUUCUUUGAUUCCGGUGUGUUUCAAUAACGCGAGUUAUUACGAUUAACUAGUUCUUGACAUGGGGUUAGAGUCUUCUGUGAUCGAAAAAUCUUCUGUUCGAAUCACAAUGACCUGAUCGUAUUGUUGAAGCUGCCGAAGUUGAGGAUUGAAUCCUUGGUUGAGCUUGAGAAGUGGGUCUUAGCGCGAAGGAAUAUCAUUUGAACGUUAUUUAAUCGUUUGAGUCAGACAGUAUCGUUUUGAGUCUCUGUGCUUAGUCUUUAAAGUUAGUUCUAUUCUGUGUCAAAUAAGUCCAAUCCGAGUUUCAUGUGUUAUGGAAACUUGGAAGUCAAGAUGUUAUGUUAUUAGAGUAUUUGGCUGGUUUUAGCUAGUUAGCAUGAAUCAAGAGGUAAUGGGUUAGUGGCUUAGUGCAGUUAGUGGAAGCCGAAGUGACGGGCUUCAAGUCUUGUACAUAUAAUGAAAUUGUGUUGUUUUAAUGAAUUUUCUUCAUUUUAGUGAAUUAAUGUUAUACUUUUUG